CGGCCUCAGCGUCACACGGCGGCACCGCGGCAGCAGCACCAUGGCCAGCAGAACGUCAACACGGAGCCGGGGCGAUGGGGAGAAAUACUCUGUCUUGUUACCCACGUACAACGAACGGGAGAACCUGCCCCUCAUCGUGUGGCUGCUGGUGAAGUACUUCGGGGAAAGUGGUUAUGAUUACGAGAUUAUAGUCAUCGACGACGGAAGCCCAGACGGAACACUGGAGGUUGCGGAGCAGUUGCAGAAGAUCUAUGGAGAGGACAAGAUUCUUCUGAGGCCCAGGGCGAAGAAACUAGGCUUGGGCACUGCCUACAUCCACGGCAUCAAACACGCCACGGGGAGCUUCAUCUUCAUCAUGGACGCUGAUCUUUCCCAUCAUCCUAAAUUCAUCCCAGAGUUCAUAGAGAAGCAGAAGGAGGGGGACUACGACCUGGUUUCGGGGACUCGUUACCAAGGCGAUGGGGGCGUUUAUGGCUGGGAUCUUCGCAGGAAGCUCAUCAGCCGAGGAGCCAACUUCGUGACCCAGGUUCUGUUGAGACCAGGGGCGUCCGACCUGACCGGCAGCUUCAGGCUGUACAAGAGGAAGGUUCUGGAGGGUUUGAUCGAACGCUGCGUCUCCAAGGGUUACGUCUUCCAGAUGGAGAUGAUCAUCCGCGCCCGGCAGCUCGACUACUCCAUUGGAGAGGUGCCCAUCUCCUUCGUGGACCGGGUGUACGGAGAGUCCAAGCUGGGGGGCAAUGAAAUCGUGUCGUUCCUGAAAGGCCUGCUCACCCUGUUCGCGACCACCUGACCGCCCCCCCGCUGUCCACACUCUGUCCUCUGCGGCUCUAUAGAUCUGUGUUCGUAGAAAUGUGGGAAACACAUUCAUGUGUAUAGCGUAACCCAUACAAGAAGCGCGCCAGGAUGGGGAACCCCUGUGUUGGUGCUGGUUGGGGGGCAGCGGUCGAGACGGUUCUUAGUUUCCUGCCCGAUAGUGAGACCCGAGCACUGUCCUGCCGCAGUGGUCACCGUGGUAACGGGGACUGUGUGUGUGUGUGUGUGUUUGAGACAUGUAAGGGGUUACAGGGACCGCUGUGUGUACAGACGUUAAUAAACCGUGUGCGUGUGACAUGUAAGGGUUACAGGGACCGCCUGUGAAUGUACUGGAUUGUACAUUUAAAUUAGAAUACGAUUCUAUGUAUUGUUUUUCUCCAAACGCAGCAGACAAUCUGAGCUGGGCUCGGAGAGGUUGCGGGUCUGACCCCAGCUCCGGAGCCAGUCAGGGUCCCGCUGUCACCGACGCUGUGUGUACAGAGACGUUAAUAAACUCAAGUUUCUUACGCCUCUCUUGCUUUUGGUUUAUGGGCUGUGUUGUUUCC